UCACUGAAAAUUUACAGUUUUCGCUGCAUGCAGUCUUUUUUCAAAAUAAACCUCAGAUGUAGGUUUACUUCAUUUUUUUUAGAUUUACUUCCUUAGGUUUCCGCAGAAAAAGUACAUGGUUAGGUUUAGAAAAAACAUCAGAGUUUGGCUUAAAUUAAGUAGGCUAUGUUGUACUGUAACAUCACGACCUACAUCAUUCCUGUAGUAUGCUAGACAUACUAGCAUACUAUGCUACCUUGUCAAGCCCUUUUCACACAGAGCGUGCAAAGAUCAGACCUCCGCCGAUGAACCUAUUCAUUGUGAAUGUGCUACCACGGCACAAGAGCGCACCACUCUGCCACCGAGCCGAGCAGCACGCCGCCAGCCUCCGCUUGAAUUGAAAUUUUUUUAAUUUCACCGCACGACAGGAUUCAGGACGACACCUCGGCGCGUCCAAUUGCAGAGAAGAGCCCGAAGGAGACCAGGAAGCGGUCACCAUGGAGCUGUAGCUCCUGAACGAGCCUCUACUCCCCCAAAUCCUGUCUUGCGCGCCUUGCUCUCCACUUGCUCUGUGCCCUACCCCCUGGUGGGCGCCGCGAAAAUCGCACUCUGUGUCAGAGAGGCUUUAUUAGAUAGCUUGAUUGGCUUUUGGUUUCACACGGGACAUAAACAGUGGUGUCCUGGGUUAAAGUCCUCUGUAUUUUUUGACCCAUCCAUCUGCCUUCCCACCAACCCUAUGCAGACUUUCUCGCCAGUUACUACAGCAGUUUCUAAGAGCAUCAUAAAAUUACACUGCCUGGUAUGUCUCAUCCUGACACUAAAGGGUGCCUCGAUGCGCUGGUGUCUGACAGCAAGGGCUACUGCCCAAGCAUAAAUAUUUGACCAGCUAGCAGUGAGAGUGUGUUUUUUUGUUUUGUUUUGUUUUUUUAAAUAAAAAGAAAGUAUAUUUUUGCGAUCCACUUUUAAAGACUUAUAUCUUAAGUAGGAACCAUAAUGCUCAAGGCUGAGUGCUGCAAACAAGAUGGAGAAUAGACGGACUAAUGUGUUGGUUUUCUUCUUUCCACAGGAUUUGUUCACAGUAAGAGAAACAUAGAGCAAUACCAGCCUUAUCCUUCAAAGUUUUUUUUUUCACGUCAGCCUUCCAAAAUGACUUUAACUCUAAUCACCAAGUAUAUCUCCAAAUGUCAAAAGAUGCUUUUCAGGCUCUGACAAUCAUCCAGAGUAUCCUAACAAAAGAUGUUUCUGUGACAUUUACUGUAUGCAAAUUAACGCAUCUAAAAUGUCCCCUGUUUGCAUCUGAAUGCACAACAUAUUCAAGAUAUCCCACACAGACACAGUGCAGUUUUCGUAUAUAAAUCCCCAGGAUUUUGGUAAGAAUGCUUUAGAGAAAACAGCUUUUAUUUUUUGUAUGCUCUACAAACAGAAUGCCCUUCAGUAUGGUCUCAGACAUGACACACUAAAACGUUUCUUAAUGUUUGCCUCAAACACUAAAACAUUAAUAUGAAAUAAUAUGAAACAUUAAAUAUGAAAUGUUUUGAUAGAUCCUUGAUUGUACCUUUGCUUGUAUUUUAUUUUCUUGUCUUAUAGCUGUUUUUGUUUUAUUUUUACCUCUUGGUGAAUGUUUUAUUUUUAUGUGUACCAACAUGUAACUCCUAUUUAUAUGUCCCUGUAGAGCUCUCCUGCCCUAGUUGCCCUCAAACAUCAGAGGAAGAAGCAGCACCAGGCUCUCACAUAUCCUUCUGACCAAGCAGAUAUCAUGGAAAAGGGCCAGGGACCUCCUCCAGAACUGGCACCGCCGUAUCCUGGUACCCCUGGGGACUACAAUGUGGGAGUCUACCAUGCUCAGCCUGGCAUCCAGCCCAGUCAACAACCUGUUUACCUGCACAGCCCACAACAACCUCAAGCUGUGACCCCGGUGGUGGUGGUGCAACACCUGCCGACUGAUGCUCCUGGACAGAUGAUGUGUCCUCACUGCCAGAGCACAGUAGUCACUAAAACUGAGCACAAAAAUGGUUUGCUCACCUGGUUGAUUUGUGGUGGACUAGGAAUCAUCGGGUUUUGGGGUAAUGGACCAGGUUCCAGUUCAUCCUACAUGUUUGAUACACCAUCCAGGCCUGGAGCAUGACUGUUUGAAGCCAUACACCCUGCAGAACAUCCACAACAUUUACUGGUAUGACUAUGGACCCUUCAGGCGUCCGUAGUACAGCACAGGACAGGAUGGACGCCUGAAUGGAAAGAACUGGACACUAU